AUGAAGAAGACACUCAUUCUCGAUCUAGACAAUACACUGGUAUAUGCUCAUAAGGAUCUCGUCUCUUCUGUAGAUUUCAGCAUGGAAUUCGACGAUGAUGCACCACUCCACAUCAUGAAGAGACCAGGCAUAGAUGAAUUUCUGGGGAAGGUUUCAAAAGUGUACGAUAUCGUGGUGUUUAGUGCCGCCCAGGAGAAGUAUGUCAACCUUGUGGUUGACCAUCUGGAUCCUACUGGGGGGCUUGUGUCGAGGAGGCUACAUGGUGGCAAUUGCGUUGUUCUAAAGGACGGGACGAAAGUCAAGAAUCUUGACCAUGUAGGGUUUCGGGAUUUCAAGCGGGUGGUGGCACUGGAUGACAUUAUUGACUUCUACCAAGGUCAUCAAGAGAGCGUGGUGGUGGCUCCAAAGUUUGAGGGUCAAAGGAUGACCACUUCUUGGCAGAUGUAA